UGGCUCGGGACACGAUGUAGGGAGAUGUGUGUCUGCUGGGGGACACGUGGGUGCUGAGGACUUUCCAGCUGCUGGGGACCCAUGGCUUCCAGGGUUCCCGAGCUGCUGGGGGACACAAGGAUGCUGGGGGCUCCCUGGCUGCUGGGGACACACAGCUGUGGGGGGACAUGUGGCUGCCUGAGGUCCGUAAAUGACGGGCACCCACCACCUCAAGCCCAGCUGUCCUCCCCCGUCCUUCCAUGAGUGCUGUUUUUGUCCCAAAAGUGUGUUUUCUCUAAUUGUUCCUGUCUUGGUGUUACACAGGCUCUGUUUUUGUAUUGCUUCUUUGCUCUCAUGUGAUUAUUUCCCCCCCCAAAAAAAAAAAGUUGCUUAUUUCAGUUAACAACCGACAUCACUGGGAUGAGGAGGCAGGUCCUCAGACAUCCCCCAGCUGCUGGGGGAGGGAGGCAAGGAGGUUCCAGCCCCCAGCAUCCGGUACCCGACAGAUCCGGGGGUGACUGGUGUGUUGUGGUGAGGAGCUCUCUGCACAUCCUCUCCUCUGAGCGGGGGAAAGAGCCACCACUGCUCAGUGCCAUGUGGAGGGGACAGUCCCUGAGCUCCUGGGUUCUGCUGGCCAGCCUGGUCCUGGCCAGCUGGAGUGUUCAAGGGCAGAAAGUAAUUGUGAAGGAAGCCAGUGGGAAGGUGUUUCUGCAGUGUGAGACAGGCACCCGAGCUGAAGUCGUGUGGUGGAAAGAUGGGACUGAGAUAGGAAACUUCACACAGCUGGACUUGGGUUCAGCUUUUGAUGAUCCCAGAGGCAUCUACACGUGUAAAGGGGGAAGUGAACAGAAAAGCCCUCCCCUCCAGGUGCACUAUCGAAUGUGUCAGAACUGCAUCGAAGUGGAUGCUCCUACCAUCUCUGGGAUUGUGGUUGCUGAUGUUGUUGCCACCGUCUUCCUGGCAGUUGCUGUGUAUUGCAUCACUGGCCACGACAAGGGGCGCAUGUCAAGAGCUUCUGACAGGCAGAACCUGAUUGCCAACGAGCAGCUCUACCAGCCCCUUGGCGAGCGGGACGAGGGGCAGUACAGCCAGCUGGCCCCUGGCAGAGCCCGCAAGUGAAGUAGGAAGAUGCUGAGGCCUGUGACUCCUUCACGUGGGGAGUGACGUUAGAGCAAAGCUACUGCCAAGUGCUCCAGAGCACCAGCACCCUGCUCUGGCACUGCUGCCGUAAGUGCACUGCAGGUGGAGGGCGCUGGGGUUUUGCCUAGAGAGCCCCCCCCAGCUCCUUGUAGCUCCCUGCUCAUCCCCUGACCUCCUGCACUUCUGUAUCCUCCCAUUAAAGACAAUC